AUGCGAAGGCCGACGGCGGUGGUGAUGAUGAACCUGGGUGGCCCGGAGACCCUCAGCGACGUCCGACCCUUCCUACAGCGCCUCUUUUCUGACCAGUCGCCGCGGAUUGAGAAGCAGUACGCGGAGAUCGGGGGCGGGUCGCCCAUUCGCAAGUGGACCGAAGCGCAGGCCCGCCAGAUGGAGAAGCUCCUCGACCAGUCCUCCCCCGCCACCGCGCCCACAAAGCUCGACGCGUUCCUGUCGCUGUGCCGCGACAAGUUCAAGCGCGCCGAGAUCGAGCCCGGCACCGCCGUCGGCGCCCUGGGCGCGCAGAGCAUCGGCGAGCCCGGCACGCAGAUGACCCUCAAGACCUUCCACUUUGCCGGCGUGGCGUCGAUGAACAUCACCCUCGGCGUGCCGCGCAUCAAGGAGAUCAUCAACGCCUCGAAGAACAUCUCGACGCCCAUCAUCACCGCCAUCCUCUCCCAGGACUCGGACGAAAAGUUUGCCCGCAUCGUCAAGGGCCGCAUCGAAAAGACCACCCUGGGCGAGGUGUCGGAGUACAUUAAGGAGGUGUACAACCCGGGCGGAUGCUAUAUUUCGGUGAAGCUGGACAAGGACGCCAUUCGUGCGCUGCAGCUGGAGAUCAACUCGGCGUCCGUCAUGCGCGCCAUCCUCAACAGCCCGCGCACCAAGAUCAAGGCCGAGCACGUGUCGACGAGCGGCGAGUGGAAGCUGCGUGUGAUGCCCAUCGAGCGCUCGCGCGAGCAGAUGUACUUCUCGCUCCAGACCGUCAAGAACCUCCUCCCCAGCGUACUCAUUCGGGGAAUUCCGACGGUGUCGAGGGCGGUGAUCAACAAGAAGGGCUCGGGUGCGGACGCGCGGUACAACCUGCUGGUGGAGGGCUACAACCUCCUCUCCGUGAUGGCCACCCCGGGCGUGGUCGGCUCCCGAACCACCUCCAACCACAUCAUCGAAGUCAUGACCACGCUGGGCAUUGAAGCCGCGCGCGUGACGAUCAUGAACGAAAUCCAGUACACCAUGAAGGAGCACGGCAUGAACAUCGACACGCGCCACGUCAUGCUUCUCGCCGAUCUCAUGUGCUUCCGAGGUGAGAUUCUGGGUAUCACGCGGCACGGUAUCGACAAGAUGAACGACAGCGUGAUGAUGUUGGCCUCCUUCGAAAAGACCACUGACCACCUCUUCAACGCCUCCUUCCACGCUCGCCAGGACACCAUCACCGGCGUCAGCGAGAGCAUCAUCAUGGGCAUUCCGAUCGCGGUGGGCACGGGCCUGUUCAAGCUGCUCCGAAAAACGCCCUCGCUCGACAAGGAGCCCAAGCGGGGCCUCCUCCUCGACUCCCUCACCGACUCCUCGGCCAGCCCCUCCUUCACCCUCGACAUCGCCUCGGCCCUCGCGGCCACCUCCCCUAUCUCUUAA